AUCUGUUUCCAGUUUUUAGCAUUAGCUAAUGCUCACAAAAGAGUGGGAACAGUUCUAAUAAAAAUGUUUUUAGGACCGGUGAUGCUGUUAUUUAAGAACCAACUGGGGUUAAGUAGAAUAUUAGUCACUGCUGACUUCCUUUGAAUUGAUGGUUGAUAACACGAAGAAAACGUGGUGAAGAAUACUACACUGAAAUACAGAAAUGAGCACCUCAUCUUGUUGAAGUCUUCAUGCUUCUCCUGACAGCUGGCUGUCUUGCCGUUUAUAUUGUGGCCUGCAGGGAGGUUCAAUUAAGCUGCUGUCUUCCCAAUCUCCAAAGCUUCCGGCCGAGUGACUGUCAGUGGAUGAUCUGGAUCCAUCCUCACCGGCGGUGUUACGAGCUGCAGGCGAGGCAAUAUUGCCACCGGGUGAAGGAUUGUCCUGCAGCUGUGGAUGGAUCUGGACCUCUGGGUCGACCUCCUGCUGGUGAGGCAGCGGCCGCUGGACACUGGAGGGACGUGCUUUGGAUGACGAGGCACAGAGACUGGCAACCUGCGGCUGAAAACAGGUUCAUUCCAUCAUUCUCACACAUUUCAUAUAUCAAAUUAGAGUGGAAGAUUUCCUUACAGCAGUUGUUUUGAGGUGCUCUAUUCUGUGUGUAGUACCUGAAAGUCUUUCUUCCACUGUGCCUCAUGCUCAGGGCUCAUUUGUCCAAUCAGCUCCUGAGCUUUGGCUCGCCUCAGGGGGUUCUUGGCCAUGACCGAGUUGGGGUCACUGGGAGUGAACGCCUUUUUGGCUGGGUUGUAGUCUGCUAUCUGAUUGGUGCUGUACGCUCGUCUUCUUGGAGAGGUCUUGCUGUCGAAGCCUGGUUUAACACCAACAUGAGGGUUAUGUGAAGUCGGCUCCUAAAACUGAAAGCUGAGAAAUGUUACAGCGCCACACGUCAUACCUCCAGAGUCUAGCUCCUGGGAGGAGUCGUGCUGCGCACCAAAUGGCGAUUCUCUGUUGGACCCCUGACUGUCCAGCACCAUCCUCCCCAGCUCUUCUUCUUGAGAGUGGUAGAAGACAGAGCUGGCAGACUCCACAGAGCGCAUCAUGCUGUAGCGUCUUCUCUUCUCCUGUUGAUUAUCAUAAGAAAUGAUAAUCAUUAUUAUCAUACAAUUAUCGUCUGCGUUGUUUCACAUGUGGCUAACUUAUAAAAUAUGAAUUACAAGUUUAUUUUAGGCGUGGAGGAGAUUUCAGAGAGUCAGAAACAAGGCAGCUUAUAACUUUGUGUCAACAUUGUGGGAUGAAUAACUGUUAUUUUUACUGUGUAACCAUGGAUGCACAAGCUUCCAUGGUUACACAAGCUCAAACAUAGUUUGGCUGCAGCAGACUUCACUUUUAAGAUGCUUUACCUCCGGUGAUACAACUUAACCUCCGACAUUAGCUGAGGCCUUCACCAAAAUGUUUGUAAAGUGAAAAUCAUAAAUGAACCUUUGAAAAGAAAACACGUUUAGGUAAAUACAAAAAAUGACAACUGAUGCGUUACGACUCAUUGCUCUUUAGUUUCUUUUGUCAGCAAAACAAAAAGUGCAUCUAUUUUUGUCGACUUUCAUGUACUUGUGUUCGCAGUUCCCAAACAAGUGAACGUACUGAUUUGGGGUUGGCGUGGUAGCGGGUGAUGUCGCACACCACGCUGUAGCCAAUCAGAUUGUCGCCUGGAAACAGGAAAGUGUUGCCCACAGGCGACAGCAGCACCUCUUUGGUCUCUGGAAAAAGCCACUCGAUGGAAAUGUCACUUAGGACAGGGGACAUGGUUCUCUUCAGCGACUUGAUCAUCUGCGGGGUAAAAAUAGACGCUGAAAACACCUCUCCCCGACCGGAACAUUAGGUGAGGCAUCAUUUCCUCAGACGCUGACUAAUAGCUUGACUGUGGGCCUCGAAUUGGCAAUUGGUCACCAAGAGCCUAGCAAAGCGUUGAAGUGCUGGGCAUAAGUACCUUGGGCUGCAGUCGCUCUCCGUCUGCCAGGAACUCGGCUGUUCCUCUGGAAACUGUGGCCAGGCCUUGAACUAACCUCCUGCAGGCGUUCUGACCAAUGCCGAAUGUAAAGCAUCUGCACAAACACAGGGGUCAUUAGUAUGCGAGAAGACUGUUUCUCUUUUAGUUACUGCAGCCUGUCUGACAUGGAAACACUCAGCAGUCGAUGCUCCUUCUGUUGAAUAUGUUUGGACAGUUGAUUCAUCCAGAUUGAAUGAGGCAAAUUCUUUACAUUGUUGUUCACCUCAAUGAGAGGGUGAAUAUGUUUCGUGCAAUAUCUGUGUGCCAGGAUUUCAUUUUGAAAGGAUUAGCACCCCAUAAGUAAGACUCAGAUUAAUCCUUGGAUAAUCUCAUCCUGUGACCGUUUAUAUUGCCAGCUCAUUUGCACAUUUGUGUGAAACACUGGGUUUCAAUGCAUACAUGUCCGUGUAACACAGUUCAUCUUCAAUAUUCAGCAUGUGAGCGCCAUGAUAGUGCAUGCAUCACUUUAUCACAAGCAAGAAUUGAGAAGUGUUUCAGCAAGGCGUGGCUGCUGAACAACGGACAGAUUUUUCUUUUCCUCUUAAUGGUUUUCAGUCCCUGUCUAUCUAUUCAAAGGCAUCAAGGGCCUGUCAGUCACAGCGGACUUUGAUCAAAGCAUCAUGAUUUUGACAGAAUGAGCAACUGUGUCUGCCUCAUCUCAGACCUGGUGCCCUCCUGUCUGUCUGUUAUCUGGAUCACUGAACACCAAAACCCCUCCGUGACUGGAAGUAACAUGUCUGAGUCAGAUCUGACAUAGUGAUACUUGCCUGAUGUAUCGUGCGUGACUGCGGAUGAGCUCCACGACUCGUCCGGUGUUGCUGACGGCUCCGUCUGUCAGCAGGAACAGCAGGCGUGGGUGUCCGCUGUACAUGGGCUGCCUCAGGAUCCAGUUCAGAGGCGCUAGAACGUUUGUGCCGCCCAUGUCGGCUCGAAUCUUCCGUAUAUAUUCGCACGCCAGAGCGAGGGCCUCCUGGGUCAGCAUGGAUGAGGAGCAGAGAAAAGAUUCCUCGAGGAUAAAACAGCGACAGCACCACUCAUACAGACAAAAAGCAAUGCCAUUGAUCCAGAGCACUGCAUGGUCUUUCUCUGGCGGAUGAUUGUCCUUGAUCACAGGGAAGCUUUCCUUCAGUCCCUCUCAGCAUUUUCAUGGCUGAGCAAGGUCAAGUGCACAACGCAGCAGCUCCACUCGCCAUGCCAUGACACAUCCACUUUCAAAUGUGAACGCAUAAGAUCUUUUUCCUUCCAAUCUCAGGUUAAAAAAUGAGUCGUGGUUGCUGCGCCUAGUGAAAUAUUUGAAGUCCAGUAAGUUUCGUAUUCACAGAAAAUGGUUGCGGAUGAGAUGAUUAGUUUGUUCCCAGCAAAAUGCUGUAGGAAAAAAAUGUUCUGGAAAAUGUUAAAUGGAGUUCAGGGUUGUUUAGCAGGGCGUGGAACAGGAUUUAAACCUCCGAGUCUGAUGCCAUUGUUAAACCUGUGGCUUUCAAUUCGGUAAGUGUUUGACUAGAGUGGAUCAUUUUCACAAGGCUAAAGUGAUAGUGAUGAGAGAAAAUAAGAUAAAUGGUAUGAAAAUGAGAGGAGAGAGAGCACCAGCUAGCUCCUCUGUUUCUGACUACAUCGCAGCAAAAAGCUAGAAAAGAACAGCAUCCUUGAAAGACUUUUUCUGCCUGAUGUUGUUUACGCACAGUGAAAUUCAUUGUUAAGUGCUUCACCUCCUCGUAGUUCUGGCUGGCUGUGAAAAGCGAUUUGAACGUCGAUCCAAAACCAACGAUGUUGAAGAGGCAGCCGGGCACAAGACUCUUCAAAAUCACCACCAUCGCGUCCUGAGGGGGAGCACAAACACGUGACGUGUGGAUGAAAGCAAAUGAAGUUGUUCCACUUCAGCCACCAAUGUCUGACUCAGUUGAAGGUUUCAUCUGUGUUUGAAUAGACUUAGAUGCAGCUUCAUCAUUGUUCACUAGUUUGGUGUUUGAUGUCGCCAUGGAGACAAUCUUUUGUGUGAUAAAGCUGUGGCUCUGGGAGGUGAUAAUACCUUCACACGGUUGAUGUUGACGCCGCUCAUGCUGCCACUGCGGUCGAUGAGGAAGAUGAACUCGCCGUGCACCUUUCUCAGGUCUGAGGAGAUGGGUUUGAGGUCGGGGCAGAAGUUCAGCAUGACCACAGGGUUGUGGAGGACGUCUUUGUGGAGCCGUCUGCGGAUCACGUCCACCUGCAUGUGCGAGAAGAUUCAGCUGUUAAGAUUAAUUGUUGAGUCUAAAGUCAAAUGUCAGAGCGGUUUGACUGGUUCACCGGCGGGUCCAUUCAUGCUGCAUGGGCUUUAAACCCUUGUCACACUGAGAAGAGUGUUUCCAUAGCAACCAUUUUCUUGGCUUUUAGGUGAUCUCUCUCUCUCACCCUGGAUCACUCUCUCUAUCCUCCCUGUUUUUGGUUUGAAACCAUUUGUUUUGGUCACAGCUAGUUUCAUCAUCAGGCGUGUUUUUUGCUGACCUCACUGCACACUUCCAUGUGGCCUGGUCAUCUCUUGUAGAAUCUUGGUUAUUUGUGGACACACUUUAGUGUAGCACAUAAGCUGGAAUUGAAUCAGGCCAGGCAUGUAUCAUCACCAAGCUCUCAGCGCUGUCAGCCUGAAGAGACUCACCUUCCUCUCAUUGCUGCUGUCUUUCUUGGUGGCCUUGAUAAAAUCACUGCGUCCCUGAAGGAACUCGUCGUACUCCUCCAAGGUCAUGUCUCCGUUCUCGAUCAGCACAUGAGGAAGGUGAGGCUCUGGAGUGGCACCAUUAACAAACACAUUCAUCUCACUGACAUGCAACAACAUUACAAGCCUGAGACCUAAAAAUAGACCGUCGUCCAUUAUCUCCUUCAAAUUACGUUUCAGUGCGCCGACAGGAAAUAAACUAUGGCUUUCUUCCACGAGUAACAGGUCUCACAGAAAAGUGUGUUUUGGAAACUAAAUACAUGGAGAUGUUUGGUGUUGGGCUGAAAUCCUGGGUUAACUGUCCUGAACAUUGAUCAGCUGAGCUCUUCAUGUUGCAUACAGUGAUCAAGGUCUCUGCAGAUUGACAGCUCCGUUGCAGAUAAAUGGGCGUGAAAGUAAAGUUUUCCUCUCAUCUUCUUUUUUAUAGCCUACAACGCAGUGCACUCCUCCUCGGUCCUCUGCAGGAGCUCAGGCUCCAUGUUGUGCUUGUGAAGCUGCAGUGAGGUGAAUUAAAUUGUCUGAAGUGUUCGCUGCUGGUCUUUUUUAACAAAGAAAUAUGUUGCGUAAGACGCCUACUCGCUCAGUCUUUUUUCUGCUUCGAGGAGACGAGAGUUUUGUUGGACCCUGUUGGACAGAUGAAAAGAGUUUUCUUGCCUCAUCGUGACAUUAGUUUUGUGAGCGCCGGCUACAUGAGAUGUGUCUUGAUAGAUGUGUAAAAUACUGUAGAAACACUUGCUGGAUCUCAGGUAGUGACUCAAGGUGGACUCUGAUGGUACAAAUAAACAAGUUUCAAGUUUCAAGUCUUUCUACGUGUUGAAGUAGACUUUACUGAAAACUUGUGACUGGUUGUUUAAUUUGAAACGAAAACGAAGUGGAUGAGUUGCAGCAGGCACUGAAAGCUCGUGUGUGGACCCACCACUGGGGUAGAUGAGGAUCUCCACUGGACAGUCGUAGGUGUACUUGUCAGCCAGAGUGAUCACCACACUGGUGGCAGAACGAGCCUCAGGGUCUGCAUCUGCCCUUAUCGCAUGAGAUGGACUUUCAACACCUGCACACAUCCACCAGCACAACUGAUCAAAACACUGGUGACAACAGAAAAACAAGCCAGUUAGAGCUUUGAACACGGUCGGUCGGUGUCGGGGUGGUGUUGCUGAGGCUGCGUCUGGGUUUUCUUCAGAUGACUGCGCACUGAGGCUUGAGGUCCUGUGGAUGUGGUGAAAGCAACACUGCAGCUGAGCAUUAUAAAAUAUUUAAUGCUGGAUUAAUGGAUAUUCUAAUUUGCAAGUUAGUCUUUGGCACACAAUUAUCGAGUCAUAUCUCAGUGACUGUGUUGCUUAACCAGCAGCAGUAUCAACUGUAUGUUGUAUUCUCGAGUCACACUUUUUCCAACCUGCCAGGAGGUAGGGAGCUCGGAUCUCCAGCUGGAAAUUAAACUCGUAGUCCAUGGAGUUAAUGGCCUCGUCCUCCAGCAGAGAAGCCAGGCACAGCUGAGAUGGGGACGGGUCGUGAGGGCUGGAGGCGCACAGGUUUCUCUCCCGACUGUCAACCAGAACAAUCAUUACAGGUUACUGCAGAAGCGUCUUCAAUGCUAUGGUCACAUUUUGGAAAUGCACUCUAAGUGAUGGCUUGAACUGAGUUCACUUAUUGGUGGUGUUGAAAGGAAUAGCUCAUAAAACGGCCAUGGCGAUGAGGUCAGCUUUUCUCCAUGCUCCACUCUCAUGCUGUAUCUGCACUUGCCAGAUAGAUUGGCUGUCGGGGCUGCUGUUUCUCCUUGGCAACGUUCGUGUGGACCAAAAGUGCCUUUGUGGAUUUGAAAAAACAACUCUACUGUAUUUUGGGAAAUUAACCUGAACUUUGUGUUUCCGACCAAAUCUUGCCAUCUUUAUCAGCUAAUGCAGCAGUUGACACAGAGGUUGUGCGCUUACACCCUUGAGAAGUUUGGGGGCAGCCCCUGCUCCUCAUUGAUGGUCCUCUGGACUCGAGGCGUGCACGCUGGCGGAGAGGAGACUUUGAUGCUCCCACUGGGCAGCGUGCAGAGUUCUGAGGAGGUGCUGACCAAGAUGUGAACCGUCUCCAUCGGGGGGAUGAUUCCCAGGUUCACCACCAACACGGUCCUCUCCAGGUCUUCGUCCAUGACCACGUGUCCUGCAGAAGAGGUUACUAGAUUGAUAGGCAACUCCUAUAGUUCCUCAUUAUUCUUGAGUUACCACUCAACUUUACUUUUUUUUUAAUGGAUCCUGCAAUAAUCUGUUGGGAGACCAGGCCGCGGGGCUGUGGUCGGUGCUGGCUGUGAGAACAUUACUGGCUGACUGGUUCCCCUUGUUCUUGGUGGAAUCACCACUAGAAAUCAUCUGGAUCUGCCUGGAUCGUCGUCUCAUUUAGAUGUUUCUUUUUCUGUGUGACAUUGUAGGAGUGCUGUUGAAGAUGAGCAGUGAAAGAAAUCACAGAAAUCCUUCAGAGACUUUCUUCAGAUGCGAGGGUGUCUUUUGGAGAUCGACUCAUUGAUGCUCUCGUUGACAGUUUCUGUUUGGAGGCUCGAAAUAUUCAGAGUACUCGAUUCUAAUUAUAACCUCUCCUCUCUGAGAACUGUUAUUUUCAUGUUUGAGAAAACAGUUUUCUCGCUCCAAGUGGAAAGAACGUUUUAUCUCAAGAACUGAAAAAUGCCUGCCGACUACAGUCAGCUAUUUUUCGAGAUGUCUCUGAUAUUUCAAAGAAAUCCUCUCAGCCUCUCAGGGUCAGACUUGUAAACUGUCCUGAUACAGCUGAGUCUGCAGUAGUGUGACUGCAACCAUAGAAAGAUUUUGUUAUCAAAAUUCUCUCCUUCCAAAGAAUCUGCAGACUAUGAUUUCCCAUCCUCCUCCAUUAUGUGCAUUUGUAACCACAUCAUGAGCAGAAUUCUCUUUCCUCUGCGGCCUGCGGUCCGUGCGGCUGAACCAGGAAGCAUUAAUUGUAUCACGAAGAUCAACGGCAAAUUUACGAGGACCGUAAAGCAGCACCAGAGCAGAGCAACAUCUCCCACAGCUCAUGCUCCUGUGAAGAUUCAGCAGAACAACAGAACCAAAGAUGCAGACGCCAGCGUCUCCAGUCCUACCUGUUCCUGUCUGCAGGGCCCCGUUGGAUGAGUUGCAGCAGUCCAGAUUGCAGUCAUCAAUUUUGCCCUUGUCUUUGAUCUGCAGUGUGAUAAUCUGAGUGGAGAUCAUUGCCUCGAAGCCCACAACAAUGGAAUUUUCCUCCAGGGGAUAAAUGAAGAUCCCUUUGAGAGCAGAGAGACACGGAGGGGUUAUGAACCAAAGCAAUUUUCACACGGUCAAUAACAAUGCAUUCUUUAGCAGCAGAGAUCCACUCAGAUCCACGAGACGUGACGUGCAGCCACUCACCUUCGAUAGCGUGAUCCUCGAUGUUUUCGUAAGUCAGAGAUGCCGUCAUCGCCAGAGUGUAGCCUCUGACGCAGGAAGUGAUGUCAGAGACGCUGAGAGGCAAAGCGCCCCGGUUCUCUUUGUUGAUCAGUCCAGGCAUGGUGUCAGUCUAGGAUCCUGGUUUGAUAGUCAGAGUGAUCAGUUAGCAUCUGCUCUUUUGCAUCAUCUUGUGAACCAUGUGAUCCAUGUGUACCAACAUGACCUCGGGGGCCGUUGCCUCUGAACUCAGGGAUAGAGAUUUCCAUGUGGGCUGAUUUUUUUUUUAAUCACCAUUUGCCCUUUUACGCUGAAGGUUCCCGGGUCAAGUGUCAACUCAAGGUGGUGGGGGUUUUAGGAUCACGCUACUGAGAAGCUGGCGAAAAUGUCAAUCCGAUAAAACUCAUUUCGCCUGGUGAUGAUUGAUCUACUGGGAGAGAACAUGCUGCCGACUGAGUGUGUAGUGUAGUGAUGCAGUAUUAAUCCCUAUGACUCCAGCAUUAUUAUUCAGUAUAUCUACUUCCACAUGCCAGUAACUUGUGUCUUCUAUUGUCUUGUUCUAGAUCCCAGUAGAGGGUGAGUCAUUGGGCCGUUCAGCUGAACGGACGUGGUCAGAUAUUGUGUAGUGCUCUGAGGCUGCUGCUGGCUUUGUUCGGUAUUGUGAACCAGAUUAUUCUUUUUUGUUUAUUAUAAAGCAUUUGCAUUAAAACCACCUCAUCUAACUCACAGUUCUGAGUUGAAAAUGAAAUUUAUGCCGUGGUAUGCCUUAAUACCGACUCCUCAUGCCACUCCACAUACUUUGGGAUACUUUUAACAUAGAUUUUUUUGAAAGCAUGAUCUUUCUUUUUUGGCAAAACGUCAGCUUCUGGUUAUAGGCAGUUGCAUCCCCUGCUCUUUAACACUUGAGUGAAAGAGGAUGACACGAGGCUUGGUGCCGUCUUCCCGCCUGGUUCUGUCAAGGGUCUGCAGCACCAUCAGGACUGCAGCCUGGGCUUCAUGCGUUAUGACGAAAGCAAUUUCCAUAGAGACGGCUCUGGUGUGUGUGUGUGUGUUGGUGUUGGCUGGACUCUGCAGACUGACCAGUAAAAAGUGUUCCCUUAUUCAUGAAACUGAGAUGAUUGCAGCGAUGACACCCCGAAUUCUCCCACACAGUGAUGACGUCUGAGGUAACCUGCGCCCGUCUGACAUUUCCCUGAACACACCGAUGUUCUGAGCUCCGCAGAGUUAGUUGUGAAUGAGCGUCAAUGAAACAGAUGCCAUGCAGAUGUGACUUGUCCCAACAGUGCCAUCUAGUGUCCACACGUACAAGCCACCAGUCUGCAGAGCCGAUCAACAGGUGGCUGGCGACGGAGACGCAGCUGCCACAUGCACCGCUGCUCACUCUGUGGAUGAAUGAACCUGCAGCAGCAACAUGUGGCUGCGGAGUGAAGGCUUUAAAGGGGAUGUGGCGUGGAUCGUCUGGCAAAGAGGGAAAAAAAAUGGGAGGAAGCGUCACGACUUGAGGAAGCAUUCAGCUUGGUCCCCUGAGGAAGAUUGGCCGAAUUUCAGCCCUGUUGAAGCAGCCCGUUGGGGACAUAAAUGGAAACGUUUCGCCUGACUGGAUCGAGGAUGAGGCCGAGAAUGAGAAGGCAGAAGACUUGGCUCAACAGUCCCUGUUGAACAAGAUCAUCUGCCGAACUCUGGUCAACAACCGGAACCAGGUGGAGGUUCUUCAGCGGGACCCAACAUCUCCUCUGUUCUCAGUCAAGACCUUUGAGGAGCUCAGACUGAAACCAGAACUGCUGAAGGGAAUUUAUACUAUGGGCUUCAACAGACCCUCUAGGAUCCAGGAGAAUGCACUGCCCAUGAUGCUGGCUCAGCCUCCUCAGAAUCUGAUCGCGCAGUCACAGUCGGGCACAGGUAAGACUGCUGCCUUUUCAAUAGCAAUGCUCAGCCAUGUGGACCCUCAGAAGCAGUGGCCGCAGUGUCUCUGCAUUUCACCCACCUAUGAGCUUGCGCUGCAGAUAGGCCAGGUCAUACAGCAGAUGGGCAAGUUUUGUCCUGAAGUGAAGAUGGCUUAUGCUAUCCGGGGCAACCGAGUGGCGCGAGGCGUCACUCUGUCGGAGCAGAUUGUGAUCGGAACACCCGGAACCAUCUUGGACUGGUCCACCAAGUACAAGAUCAUCGACCCAAAGAAAAUCACCAUGUUUGUUUUGGACGAGGCCGACAUAAUGAUCGCCUUGCAGGGUCACCGGGAUCAGAGCAUCCGCAUCCACAGGCAUCUGACCAAGGACUGCCAGAUGCUCCUGUUCUCAGCCACCUUCGAGGAUUCUGUGUGGAAGUUUGCCAAGCAGGUGAUUCCGGAUCCCAAUAUCAUCCGACUGAAGCGUGAAGAGGAGACACUGGACACCAUCCAGCAGUUCUACAUCUUGUGCCAGAACAAAGAGGACAAGUUUUCAGCUCUCUGUAACCUGUAUGGCACUCUCACCAUUGCCCAGACAAUCAUCUUCUGCCAUACUCGGAGGAUUGCUGCGUGGCUGUCUGGACGGCUGAUUGAAGAGGGCCACCAGGUGGCGUUGCUCAGUGGAGAGAUGACCGUGGAGCAGAGAGCCGCCGUCAUCGAGCGCUUCAGGAACGGAAAGGAGAAAGUGCUGGUGACCACAAACGUCUGCUCCAGAGGAAUCGACGUGGAGCAGGUGUCACUCGUGGUCAACUUUGACCUUCCUGUGGACCUGGAGGGCAACGCAGACAACGAGACUUACCUUCACCGGAUCGGCCGCACUGGGCGCUUCGGCAAAAAGGGAUUUGCUGUCAAUAUGGUGGAGAACAACAAGAGCAUGGAGAUCAUCAACCAGAUCGAGAUGCACUUCAAUCGGAAAAUCAAAAAGCUGGACCCGGCCAAUCUGGAAGAACUGGAGCGCAUCUCCGCCUGAGCUCCUGGAUCCAGAUGCCUUCAAUGUGUUCAUGCAGUUUACAUUUCAUUGUUUACAGAAAAGCUAAGUUCUAAUGUUGAAGAUGCAAGCUUAUUUACUUGCCAAAGUUUUCCUUUGAUGCUCUUAGAUUCUGAAGUCACUUUAAUUCUCCGGAGAAGAGAAUGUUUUGAUGGGCGUGGCCUGCACUUGGUUUGCUGUGUUGAUUGAGCUCCCGCAUGUCUUUUGUUUUUGUGUUUGCAUGGUUUGAGUUUUAAAUGUCUCUUUGCACUGUUGCGUUCGAGUGACUGAUGAAACCGUUGCUGCAGUUUUGUAAAUGGAAAAUUAAUAAAAGGUAGAAUUUCUGAGGUGGGCUGUAGUAAACAACCUUUAAUGCUGUUG